AUGGGUUGGUUUACAAAAGUUGAAACAAAAGCAAAAGAUGACAUACCUGGCCUGGAUAUAGAGGCCAGUAGCACUGCCACAACAAAUAAAUCUCAGGAUUCGGCCAAAAGCACUACGGAGAAAAACGAAAACAAUAGUAGCAGCAGCACCACCACUACCGGUGAUAAUGAGAAACCCGAAACACCCGGAAAAACUAACAAAGAAUGGGGUUACGAUUUAUAUCCCGAAAGACGUGGCGAGGAAUUUAAACCGAAAUGGUCACGUAUUCUGCUCGGUCUUGAGGGUCACGAAAAUAUGGAUAAAGUUAAGUGUGAACGUAACGUAUAUUGGUGUGUCAAAAAUAGCCCUUUAGUUAAGUUAAUGAUGGGCGCAUUACGGAGUUCCGGUUGCCCCAUCGAUUUACGGAGGCACAUAUCGUGUGAAGUUUGUGACAGCAGUGUUACGGGUGGCUAUGAUCCGGUGCUCAAUCAAAUUGUUGUCUGUCAAAAUAUGGCUCGCAAAGAAGGCAUGGUACAGGGUGUUCUAACCCAUGAAAUGAUACAUAUGUUCGAUUAUUGUAACAAUGAUUUGGAUUUUCGUAACAUCGAUCAUUUGGCGUGUACAGAGAUACGGGCAGCAAACUUGGCCCAUUGUUCCUUUUUAAGUGCCAUGAUGCAGGGUGAUGCUUCAUUGUUUAACAUUAAACAAAGUCAUCAGAAUUGUGUCAAAUCAAAAGCCUUGGCCUCUGUUCUAGCUGUACGCAAUGUUACCCGACAGGAAGCCAUUGAUGCCGUAGAGCGGGUAUUUCCUAAAUGUUAUAACGAUUUGGAACCAAUUGGUCGUCGUAUUCGACGAAAUUCUCCCGAUCAACAUAGAGCCUACAUGGAGGGUCCUAUGUAUGGCUAUGAUGUUUAUUAG